AUGUAUGUAUUGGGGCAAGUCCUUAUAGAUAGGACAUGGAAUACGCUGUAUGAUAGUGAUAGCUCUCAUCCAUCUCCUCUCGUCCGCCUUGCACCUGUGCUUCCUCCACACGAUCCAUCCAGCCAAUCUGUGGCGGUAGAGCAGCAUCUCGGGCCUACUGAGCGGAUGCCAUACUUUCAGCAGCAAGGAUUCGGCUGUGAUAGUGGCGCCAGCCAUCCAUAA